GGAGCCGUAUGCUCCGUGUUCUUUUGGUUACGCACUGGCGUGCUGAAUAAACCGUCUACGUGGUCGUCACUCUGGCUCUGCCUCGUCGCUCGCGGCUACAACAUACUGGCGACGAAGAAUGGGAUAAAGGAUUCCGCCGGGUUGCAAAAAGCCACUAGCGGCGGUCCCGGAGCAGGCUGCGAAGAGACUGGCAGGAUGGCGACGAUUGGAAGGUUCGACCAGUUCCUCGAGGACGGCGACGAAGACUUCGAGUCCUACGUGGAGAGGUUCGAACACUUCCUGAAAGCCUCGAAGGAACCGGAAAAGCCGGAAAACAAGACAUAUGCACAGCUAGUGCAGACCCUGCGAGGGCACUACGUACCAAAGCCCUCUGUCAUUGCAGAGCGGUUCAGAUUUAACCGUCGCUUCCAGCAAGAAGGCGAAACGGUGGCAGCUUUCGUGGUAGAGCUGAAGCGGUUGGCGGCGUCCUGCGACUUUGGGGCGUUUCUGGACGAGGCUCUUCGCGACCGUUUCGUGGCCGGGCUCUGUGACAGAGGAACUCAAGCUGAGUUGCUGAAGAAGAGCAAGUUAACGUUUAAAAACGCCUGCGAUAUCGCAAGGAGUAUCGAGUUGGUUAGCCAGGAAAGCCGGGAUUUGCAGCCCAGCGUGGGGCAAGAGACCGUCAGCGCUCUUCGCCACAAGCCAGACAGCGGGAAACGCCCACCGCGCCGGAGGGAGGUACCGGCUACAGUACCCGCAGGGGCAAGAGCGACGAAAUCGCCGGACUGUUUCCGAUGCGGUUCAGCGCAUGAAGCGUCUAGUUGCAAAUUUCGUACCGGAACACCCCCACCACGACAACGGGGCAAACGCCUGCUGAACUGUUCCUGUCGUGGAAGCCCCGCACCCGCCUGACCCUGCUUCAGCCAGAUCUGGAGAGACGUAUAGCAGAUCGUUUCUCCAAGGUCAAGAGCCAAGCUGACGACAGAAGAGGGCCGUGGAGG